UCGUGGACAUGAGAUAUCGAGCUGGUUUUCACUCUGUUGUUGUAAUUGUUGUCCUCGUAAUAACAUGGAGAAUUUCCAUCAAAUCAUUUGAUGUGCAGGAGAAAGCAAGAAAUAUUCUUGGGUUUUAUGGCGUGCAUCAAAUCACACCACAACUCAAACCAGCUAAUAAAGCAGCUGAUCCCAAGUGCAGCCUCUCCAGAGUCUGUCCGCACGACCAUUUUGCUCUACGCAUCAGCAGCGGGGCAGCUAAAAUUGUCGGACCAAAGAUCUGCUUUGAUGGUAAAAUCAUUAUGAGUUAUGUGCUGAAUAAUGUGGGACCAGGACUGAACAUUGUGGUGGUAAAUGGUGUAAAUGGAAUUGUGGAAAAGUUUGGCUACCUAAAUAUGAUAGAUGGACAUGAAGAAGACUUCCUGGCGUAUCUGAGAGAUAUCAAACCUGGUAUGAUUGUCUUGGUGGCCUCGUUUGAUGAUGUGACAAAAAAGAUGACAGACGAAGUAAGGCAGUUGUUUGUCGGAAUGGGAAGCACUCUGAUCAAAUCUGUGAAACAAAGAGAUAGCUGGGUGUUUGCUGGAAGAGCAGGGACAGAAAACAAAAGCGUCUUUGAGAAGCAAGCUAUUAAUGAUGAGAAAACCAACAUUUAUGAAGAAUGGCCGGCCAUGGUGGAGGUGGCCGGCUGUUUCCCGAGGACCCCAACUGAUAGACAUAAACCGUUGUGAUGAAAAGCACACUAAAAAUGAUGCCACUCCUGGAAGAUUGAUCUCUCCUCUGUUGAUCUUCGUGGCGUAUCCUCAAGUUGUUCUUGUUCUUGUAAAAGACGUCUGAGGCAAGUUUGCCAUUUGUGAUUCUGAGCUUUAUAAAUAAAAAUGACUGGAUUUGACUAGUUCUGUUACUGGUGAUAGAAAAUGAAAAAAUAAUGUUGAAAGAAUGGAAGAAUAAC